UUUUUCUAUGCUCUAGGCUUUGGGACAUUUUCUUCCCUCCUCUUGACGUGACCUUUGACCCCGACCCCCUAUAUCUGUCUGCCUGGGCUGCAUGUUGGUGGGACGGGGCCCCCAGGUCUGGCUCGGCGGAGUGGCUGCUUUGUUUCUGUCCCUUUUGUGGAUGCGCGCGCUGUUCUUCCCGUAUCCCCGUCUACUGCUGCUUCCCCGAGCCUUCUCCAUGGCCUCGCACCCUCCAGAUGCCUCAGACUCGGCCAGCUCGGACUACAUUGCCGGUUCCGUCUCUGUCGUCUUUGUCACUUGCCCCAGUGAAAAGGUCGCCAAAACUAUUGCCAGGUCUGUGGUGGAAAAGCGACUGGUCGCCUGUGUCAAUCUAGUGCCUCAUAUUACAUCUAUCUAUGAUUGGAAAGGAAAAAUUCAAGAAGACUGUGAGGUGAUGAUGAUGAUGAAGACUCAAACUAGUUUGACACCAAACUUGACGGAAUUUAUUCGUUCCGUUCACCCAUAUGAAGUGGUUGAAGUCAUUUCAUUACCUGUGCAACAAGGGAACCUUCCAUACCUUCACUGGGUAAAAGAUUGCACCACUAGAAAAUGACACUAUUUUGAUUUCUGAGCCUACUUUAAGAGAACUUCUACAUUUUCCUACUUUCUGUAAUAAACCCUAUCCCCAGAA